AAACGUUAUAAUGUAUACUUGGUAUGAACCUUUUAAUUGAGCAGCUGUUGAGAAAUAAAAAAAAAAAUUCAUAUUGUCAGUGGCGCUAAUAUUUAGAUCGGGAUCGGAAAUCCGUUCAUGCUCUGCAAAACUCGCAACUUGCAGAUUUUUUUCAAAAACAGACUUAAAAUUGACUCAAAGAAAAUCCACUUCACAGCUGCUACAUUACAAGUAUAUUGGACGAAUUCGCUCAGGUCAUAGUAAGAUAUGGAGCAAGUUACACUGAAACACAAGAGGACAACACUUGAAAGAGCUGAUAAAUUUAUAUCCCCCGUCUACUUCAAUGAUGUGAACCUCAGAGGAAGAUUGUACAGAGACAAUCAUCCACUGAAGUCCAUCACCCACUAUGCUGCGCCUGGUAGGGUUCCGUAUCAACAGGCCGUCAAAGGGAAAUUCACAAAGACGGAGACUGGGCAGUCAUUUGGUCCAACAUGGUCCACCCACUGGUUCCAGCUGGAGAUAGAGAUUCCGGACAACAUGAAGGGAGAGGAGGUCCAUCUCCUGUGGAACUCUAACUCCGAGGCCCUAGUCUGGCAGGGUGGGAACCCCCUACAGGGACUCAGUGGGGACUAUGACAGGAUCUCAUUCCCUCUGUCCAAAGUACUAGGCAAAAAUAAGACCAGGUGCUCUCUCUAUGUGGAGAUGGCCUGUAACAGAAUUCUGGGGGAGGGGAAGGACUCCAUGAUCGGCCCCCCGGACAUGAACAAGACCUUCACCCUCAGUCAGGCUGAGAUAGCAGUGUUCGACAGAGAGGUGUAUGAACUCAUCAUAGACGUAGAGACACUGCAUGACAUGGCAAAGCACAUGACAGAAGAAACUGAGAGGGGAUAUCAAGCUUUGUACACCAUGAACCAAAUGAUAAACAUGCUUGACCUGGAUGACAGGGCAACAUAUUCAAAGGGACACCAGUUAGCAGAGAGAUUUUUCCAGCAGAGGAAUGGCCAGAGUCAACAUACCCUGUAUGCUAUGGGACAUGCACACAUGGACUCGGCCUGGUUAUGGCCGUAUGCAGAGACGGUCAGAAAAUGUGCCCGGAGCUGGUCAUGUACGAUCAGACUGAUGGAGCAGUACCCACACUUCACCUUUACCUGCUCACAGGCCCAGCAGUAUGAGUGGGUCAAGGACAACUACCCCGGACUGUACACCCAGAUCAAGGAGUUCGUCAAGAAGGGGCGGUUUAUACCUGUGGGUGGGACCUGGGUGGAGAUGGAUGGGAACAUUCCCAGUGGGGAGGCCUUUGUCCGACAGUUUUUGUAUGGACAGCGAUUCUUCAUGAAGGAGUUCAACAAAAAGUGCUUGGAGUUUUGGUUACCGGACACAUUUGGGUACUCCCCACAGCUGCCCCAGAUCAUGAAACUGUUUGGGAUUUCUAGGUUCCUGACCCAGAAACUCAGCUGGAGUUUGGUCAAUAAGUUUCCUCAUCAUACAUUCUGGUGGGAAGGAAUUGAUGGAUCCAGAGUUCUCUCCCAUUUUCCUCCUGGAGACUCUUAUGAAAUGCAUGGCAAAGUUGAGGAGGUGCUACGGACAAUCAAGAAUUACAAGGACAAAGGUCGCUCCAACAAGAGUGUCUACCUGUUUGGAUUUGGGGAUGGUGGAAAUGGACCUUCGGAGGAUAUGGUGGUCAGAAUGUCAAGGUUACAGGAUGUGGACGGUCUGCCUAAAGUACAGUCGAAAACACCGCAGGAAUUCUUCUCCGAUGUAGAGAAAGAGGAUUGUGGGAAUUUAUGUCGCUGGAGAGGGGAGCUCUAUCUAGAACUACACAAUGGGACCUACACGACACAUGCUAAGGUGAAGAAAAUGAAUCGAUUUUGUGAGUUCCGUCUCCACGAUGUUGAGUUCUUGGCAUCGAUGGCUCACAUCCAGUCUCUCAUUAAAAAAGCUGCGUACAAAUUUCCGACAGAUGAACUCCAUCGACUGUGGAAGCUCCUCCUCCUGAACCAAUUCCAUGAUGUACUUCCCGGAACUUCUAUUGGAUUGGUUUAUGAAGAUGCUCAUCGAUAUUAUGACGACAUUGUAGCCAGCUGCCAGAAGCUUUCCUCAGAUGCACUGUCCAACAUCAUAGCAGACUCAGCUCAAAGUAACCCGGUCUCCAUGGUGAUCAACUGUAUGGGGUGGCAAAGGAAGGAAGUAGUCACCAUGUCACAAUCAACAGGAACUCCCGCCAAGAAGCAGAAGAAAUCUCCAGAGUUGGUUCAAAUUGACAGCCAGGGAAACACCUUGGCUAUGGUAACAGUACCGAGUUAUGGUUAUGCAGAAGCUAAACCUGUCAAGUGUGAAAAGCCUUGCUCUAUUGAUAAGAAGCAGAAUGGUACAUUUAUCCUUCGUAACGAGUAUUUAUCAGCUGAAAUUGACAACGUGGGACGGAUUAUCUCAUUAACUUUAAAUGGAGAUGAGAGAAAUGCAAUAAGUUCUGAGCCUGGUUGCUAUGGUAAUCAAUUUGUGAUGUAUGAUGACAUUCCUCUAUAUUGGGAUGCCUGGGAUGUGAUGGAUUAUCACCUGGAGACCAGGAAACCAUUGCUGCUGUCCACCAAGAAAACCACAAUUCAGGAUCAGGGUCCCCUCAGAGUGUCCCUGGUGGUGGAGAUGAAGAUCAGUGACCAUAGCUCUAUAAAACAGGUCAUCAGUCUGGACACAGGCAGCCCUUAUCUCAGAUUCCAGACCCAGGUGGAUUGGCAUGAGAACAGGAAGUUCCUGAAGGUGGAGUUCCCGACCUCUGUGCACUCAAUGAGCGCCACCUAUGAGAUUCAGUUUGGCCAUCACCAACGGACCAAUCACAACAACACAUCCUGGGACUGGGCUCAGUUUGAAGUUUUUGGACACAAGUGGGCUGCCAUUUCAGAACACAACUUUGGGGUGGCAGUUUUGAAUGACAGCAAGUAUGGCUAUUCUACAAGAGAUGGAGUUAUGAGACUGUCUUUGUUGAGGUCGCCCAAAUCCCCUGACAAAGAUGCUGACAUGGGAACUCAUUCAUUUACCUACGCAGUCAUGCCAUUCCAGGGAACUUUCCAAUCUGCUGGGGUGAUUCAAGCAGCCUAUGAGUUGAACAACCCACUGGAUGUUCACACCCUGAACCCUCCUAAAGGUGUUCAAGAGAACAAGAGUUUCUUUUCUGUUGAUAAUCCGCAGGUCAUAUUGGAAACUAUAAAAAAGAGUGAGGAUUUAGAUAAUGCUCUCAUACUGAGGCUAUAUGAGAGUUAUGGAGGACAGGCCAAGGUCAAACUGACUGUUGAUCUUCCUUUUACAUUGGCUAAGAGAUGUAAUGGUUUGGAGGAAAUUCUGGACAAUGAGGUGACCUCUGACCUGGAAGUGAUAGGCAGACAAAUAACACUGUCCUUCAAGCCUUUCCAAAUCAUCAGCCUUCUGUUGAAAUUUUAACUGUUAAACGGACUUUGUUAAUUUUAAAGUUUAAUUUUCAUAGACUUUAUAUGCAACACAUGUGAUCAUUCUAAUCCAUGGGCAUGGCAGCUUAUCAUAAUCAUAUGCAAAAGAUCAAUUGUAUUUAUGUACUUAGAUAGUUUUUUACAUUAAAUUUAGUAUAAUUUUCAAAUUUGAAAUUUAUUGUGAAGAAGGUGGUCGAUUUUGGCCGAAAUGAUGUGUACUAUACAUGUAGGACCAAUAAGAGACUAAAUAAAAAAAAAAAUUCCAUAAUAUCCAAUAUUUCUAAACGUGUUCUUAGCAUGUAUAUUUUGCAUGAUUCAAAUUUCAAUGCUAAGAUAAGAAUAAUCCUUGUAUUAAAGAUAUUCAAAAGUA